GGACCAGCUGGGCGCACUGCGUGUGUCGUCACGCGGUGCGUCUGCGUCUGCCCCACGUUACAGGGCUGUGCUGGCCUCCAAUUCAGGCUCGCACCGCCCUCUCGCCAUGCCAGCCCCAGGGCUCUGCGGCCAGGUACUGGUCCCGGCCGCGCUAGCGCUGCUACUCGUGGGCGUAGCGCUCCGGAUCUUCGAAGGUGGCGCCCGACCGCGGCCCCCCGCAGGUGAGCCAUCCCGAGACGGACAGCGGAGGACGCCAGAGGAGCCUCGGGCGGCGGGUCCACCGUGGGGGCCGCUGCCCUUGGGAGCCUUGUAUGCCGUGGGCGCCCUGGCCUUCGUACUGCGCCGGUGUCUGCAGGGACAAGAUGAGGCCGAAGUUUCCCCAGAGGAGAAGCCCACCGAGAAGGACCUUUUGCACAGAGAAGAGCAGCUGGCCCAAAAGCUAGCCAAGACGGAGCAACUUCUGGGAGGCCUGCUGGACCAGCUGGACCCUCUGUUUGAGCGUGUGGAUGCUCUGGCUGGAGCCCAGCAGGACCUGUUGACCUUAAGGCUUCACACCAUCAGCCAGCUGUUAAAGGACAAGGGGCUGGACACCACCACCACUUCCCAAGAGUACAACCCCCCUAUCCAUGAGGACCCGAGUGCUGAGGAAGAUGAUGGCAGUGACCUUCAGACCUGGGGUUGGGGGGAGGAACCUGAGGAGAGAGGAACUGAGGCCUGGGCUCCACAUGUCUCCUGGGACCAAUUUGGGGAAAAUGGAAAAUUGUGGGGACUCAGGAGGAGGAAAUGGAUCACAGGAAUCCAAGUCACAGACUAAGGCAGAUAGAAUGAGAUUUAGCCUCUCAGGGGUUAAGGGAAUAUUAUCAGUUUUAGAGAACUUGGCAAGGAAUCGAAAGCUCAGAUUUGAGGGAAAAGGCUCUGUUCAAGGAGCUGAGAAGUUUUAAUAAAAAUAAAAUUUAUUCCAUUUAAAUAUACAACUUGAUCAUCCAAAACAUAAAUCAGUGUGUACUCCAUCAAAUAGAAAUACAUACAUAUAUAUACAUAUCAUCCACACAUUCUCAUCAUAGUCUUUAAUACCAAAUGGUUAUACAAGUCCUGGAAAUGCUGGGCUUCAAAGCAACCAGUCUCCCCAUAUCUAGUUGGAAACAGUUGUAAAGUGCUCUUCUACCUUCUCUGGCUGCUGUAGAAAAAGAACAAUAAAUAAGCCUGGUCCCCAGGAGCCAGAGAAAUAUAGAGUACAUAAAUGGUGAUGGAAACACAUGAAUUCUACAUAUUGCAAAAUCAUUCCUUAGAACUAAGUGAGAUGCAAGGCAUACCUGAUGGCUAAGGUCAGACUGUGGUACCAACGAGAUAGUGACUCUUGGUUGGUGGACAUGAGCAGCAGUUUUUCCUGGGGAAAAGAAAGCUGAGAGGAAGGAAAAAAUAACUUAAGUUCUCUAUCCAGAAAACUCAAUCUUAAAGCUGAAGCUAUUGCUAUCUAAGAAAAGGAUAAAUAUAUGCAGUCAAGGAUGGUGAUAGGAUCUUCAACUUGUAAUCUGAUAUAGUGAGGGAACUAAUAACACAGGGCUGUAACUUCUCUUCAAUUUAUAAUCUUACAUAGUAGUAUAGACCAAGGAUUGAUAAAUUAAAGCCUAUUGGCAAACUGCCUAUUUUUCUAUGCUUUUCUAAAACAUUAUUUAAAAAAUAUAAAGACUAUUCUUGGCAGUACAAAAACAAAUGGCAGUCCAUGUACCAAUCCUUGUUCUGGGGUACUGAGGUGAAGUGAUUUGCACAGUGUGUGUGUGUGUGUGUGUGUGUGUGUGUGUGUGAGAGAGAGAGAGAGAGAGAGUGUGUGUGUGUAGAGGUGAGACUUGAACUCAGGUCUGCAUGGCUCCAAAAUUAGCUGUCUACUGUUCUUCAUAGCCUAUCAUGUGAAGGUAUUGGUGGUUGUAGCAAACAGAUUUCAAGUCUAUGCUACAUGGAGGACAGGGCUUAUUUCUUAAACCCUGGGAAAGAUUUAGGGGAGGGAGUACUGAGAGUGUUCAGUCGUUUUGAGCUGGAAGAAUCUUUAGAGAUGACCUGGUCUAAUCCAAUCCCCUAAUUUUACAAAUGGGAUAAGAGGUUCAGAGUGCCCAAAGUCACAUACUAGCUAGAGGUAUAAGUGGGAUUGAAAUCGAGGUCUCCUGAAUCCUACCCAGUUCAAAUGAUCUUAUGCCAUGUUUAUAUGUUUUAAAAGAAAUUCCUAAAGAUGGAUCUAAACAGGUUACUCAGGAAAAUUUGGGGCCACAUAUCUGUCUUGUUGGAAUGUCAGACUGACCAUAAUGUAUCUUCUACAAAUUGGGGCUUAAUUUAUUGUUUUGUUGAUUGUCUAAACUUAAAGUGAUGGAUAUUAAUAAUGCCGCAGAUUAAACUUAAAAGUGUGUCAUGAA